GUGUCAUGUGUAUGUGAUUGUGUAUGCUGCUUACAUGGGUAUCUAUAGAAGCUUCACGGAGAGCGUGUCGUUUAAAUCAAACGUAUCUUAGGUCCUUCAUUGCUUGCCGUCGCUUCCUGUUUUCAAAGCGAACAUGGCGGCUGUUAGUAAGUAUCUGACAGCCGGCAAUUCCUCCAUCGCAGGUGCACUGCUGUUCGCCGUGUACGUUUUGAAACAACGACUGUCCUCGGACACGACUGGACUGAACGGGGCAUCAAAACCACUCUUUGAAAAUAAUAAGGAUGGGAAAACAGACAAGGCUGCUGUGGACAAGGUGUUCUUCAGCCGCAUUUGUAAUAUCAUGAAAAUCCUAGUGCCACAGGCCAUUUCCAAAGAAUCAGGAUAUUUGCUACUUAUUGCAUUCAUGCUCAUGGCUCGGACCUACUGUGAUGUCUGGAUGAUCCAUAAUGGGACCAUGAUUGAGAGUGCAAUUAUUGGACGGUCUACAAGUGCUUUCAAAAGAUGCUUGGUCAACUUUAUCACAGUCAUGCCUUUUAUAUCACUAGUAAACAAUGUCUUAAAGCUGGGACUCAAUGAGCUGAAGCUCUGCUACAGAGUGAGACUUACCAAUCACCUUUACAAUGAAUACAUGAUGGGGUUCACAUACUACCAAAUUGGCAAUCUGGACAACCGCAUUUCCAACCCUGACCAGCUGAUAACUCAGGACGUGGAGAAGUUUUGUAACAGUGUGGUAGAUCUUUAUUCCAACAUCAGCAAGCCUUUACUAGACAUAUUGAUCUACGUCUUCAAACUGAACACAUCCAUCGGUGCUCUUGGACCGGCGAGUUUGUUGGGCUAUCUGGUUAUGUCCAGUCUGUUCCUGACAAGACUGCGCAGGCCGAUUGGUAAGAUGACUGUAACCGAGCAGAGGUUUGAGGGGGAGUACAGAUACAUUAACUCUCGCCUCAUCACUAACAGUGAAGAGAUUGCGUUCUACAAUGGGAACAGGAGAGAAAAGCAAACCAUUAAUGCAAUCUUUCAGAAACUGGUUGACCACUUGAGCCGUUUCAUACACUUCCGUUUCUCAAUGGGCGUCAUAGACAGCAUCAUAGCCAAAUACAUAGCAAUGGGGUUGGGUUAUCUGGUCAUUAGCCGGCCAUUCCUGGAUGUCACGAAUAAGCGCCAUUGUAACAGCACGUAUUCUGAGCGGCUUGAGGAUUACUACCAGAGUGGGCGGAUGUUGAUGAGUUUGGCACAGGCCCUGGGAAGGAUGGUCCUGGCAGGCAGAGAGAUGUCCAGAUUGUCCGGGUUCACUGCACGAAUCACAGAGAUUCAGGAAGUUCUCAAAGAGCUGAAUUCAGGCAGAUAUGAACGGACCAUGGUCUCGGCGCGAGCUAAAGAUGCGACAGAAGAGAAUGUCCCUCUUAUCCCUGGGAGAGGGGAAAUCCUCAUAGCUGACAACAUUAUAAAGUUUGAACACAUACCUUUAGCAACGCCCAAUGGAGACAUUCUCAUCCGUGAUUUAUCCUUUGAGGUGUCAUCAGGGACAAAUGUGUUGGUCUGUGGUCCAAACGGCUGUGGAAAGAGUUCACUCUUUAGAGUACUAGGAGAGCUGUGGCCUCUGUAUGGAGGUCGCCUAACGAAACCAGAGAGAGGAAAGCUGUUCUAUGUUCCUCAGAGGCCAUACAUGACCCUGGGUUCUCUUAGAGAUCAGGUGAUUUAUCCAGACACACAUGAAGACCAAAUGAAGAAAAGAACAUCUGAUAAGGUGCUGAGGGAAUACCUGGACAAUGUCCAGCUGGGACAUAUUUUGGACAGAGAAGGCAGCUGGGAAAGUGUGCAAGACUGGAUGGAUGUUCUCAGUGGAGGAGAGAAGCAGAGGAUGGCUAUGGCUCGUUUGUUUUACCACAAGCCACAGUUUGCGAUUCUGGAUGAGUGCACCAGUGCUGUGAGCGUUGAUGUGGAGGACUUCAUCUACAACCACUGCCGGAAGGUUGGCAUCACGCUGUUCACAGUCUCCCAUAGGAAAUCACUAUGGAAACACCACUAGUUUUACUUGCACAUGGACGGCAGAGGCAACUACGGGUUUAAACCAAUAACAAAGGAAACGGUGGAGUUUGGCUCAUAAUAACUACAACGGGUCUUAUUCAUGAAAACAAUUCUGUGUACAUUACUGGUAAAUAAUGUAAUUUGUUACACUGAAUUGAAUUGAGUUUUAUAUCAGAAUGUUUUUAUGAAUGAAGCCCAUUUCGCUACUAGAUGUUUGGACCUGAAGCAUAUCAUUCUUGACUCCUUUAGUUUCUUAGCCCUAUAUAUAAUUCAUUGUGUUAAAAUACAACUUAUUUUCCUAAUUGAGAAAAAGGAUUGUAACUCUUAGGGAUAAAAUAUCUCUCGGGAGAUGUUCAAGUACUGUGCAUUAUCUGAAAAGAUAUUUGUAUAAAGAUUUGGCCGAUAUCUUUUUACGAAUGAAGCAUUUGUACUGUAAAUGUAGUGCUUUUAUUUGUCCUCGAUCAGAAGAAAUUUACUAGAAUAUUGAAAUGACUGGGAAAUUUUAUCAAGUUUUUUUAUUCUAAAUUGUCCAUUACAUACUGCUGUGUGCCACUUAUAUAUAUGUAUAGUUAUCUAUGUGGAAACUGUAUUAUUUAAGUCUUUGUUUAUUUAUGUCAUGAAAAAUCAAUUAGGAUAUAAAUAAGCCUGAAUGCCUGUCAACUAGAGAUUUACAUUUGUGCAUACAAGGUGCCUUACAAAAGCAGACCCGUUCUCUGAUAAAAAAAAUAGCAAAAUUACAUAACUUACAUGUGUGAAAUUUGUAUUUAGAGCACACCAAAUGAUGUGAGAUGUACUGUUCAUACAGUGUGCACGAUUAUUUGCAUUCAGUCUAAGUUUGAGCCUUGUGCACAAAGUUAACCACAAGGGUGAGCUAUUGAGAUAGGCUACUGUACGGAGAAUGCUUGACUUUUGCUUUGCUUGAAAGAAAUGCCUCUUGCACAAUCUGAGUAAACUCCCAACCCCAAGGAUUAUUGUUUACUUAACAACCAAAAAAUGAAGCAGCACAUAACCCUGAAUAAAGAAUCCAUGAAAAGUA